AUGCAAGCCUGGGAAUAUCGUGAGACCGAUUCCCCGCUAUCAUCGGACGUAACUUUGCACAGUCUUAAACCAGUUGAAACCGACUCCGCAAUGAGUAUUGCCAGUGAUUUUGAUGAGACCUUCUGGGAUCAGGAGCUCAACAGAGGACGCUCGCAGUCGUUCGGUGGCACUACUCAGUAUUCUCAACAGUUUAUGCAACGGAAAAUAAUCGGUCGCCCGUUUUUCAAAACUUCGUUGGAGACUGUAGACAGUGGAACAAACAGGUACCUGAAGGAUAGAGAGACUCGUCAGAAAUGUGUUCCUACUCUCAAAGUCUGUCUGUGA